AUGCCUGGGCCCAACAGUAUUGGGGGGAAGCAGAUGCCUUGGAUGAACCCUUGUUUCAUCUCAACUAGAUCAGAGGGCAGCAUCUGCGGUCCAGACCAAGCCCAGCAAAGCAAUUCUGCCGCUUUGAUGACCCAGCAGAACCUGCACUAUUCCAACAGUUGUCAAAAAGAACACUGCCAAGUACCCAUCAGCUGCCCACUGUGCUCACACAUGCUGGGUGAGCCACUCACGGAAGGACCCUGUAGCCUGGGCAUUCACCUCUGCAGAGCUGUCAGUGCACCUGGCCCAGGCUCCAGCCUUCACCUGCAGAUGUUGCUCAGCAACAUGGACAGCCGGGAGGGGGUCUACUCCAAGCUGGGCAGACUGUAUGCAGAGUCACUCCGCCGCCUAGCACUGAAGUGCGAGGACCACUUCACUCGCAGCCAGAGGAAUCCACUAUGCUUCGACCAGAGUGACUGGUUCAUCUUUAGGCUCACUGGCAACAAGCCCUGCUGUGAGGCUGGUGAUGCUGUCUACUACUCUGCUUCCUGUGCCUCUGACCCCCGUGGUUCCUAUGCAAUCAAAAUUUGUAGGAGCCAGUCUCAAGAUGCUAAAGAGAGUCACUUGUAUGGCCUGUCAGUCCAACAGAGUGUUCCCCCACACUUCAAUCUGCAGCAGAACUGUGGCCACUAUUGCAUCCCCCAAAGCAUGCUGCCCCAAGACAAAGCAGAUGAGCCCCCAGAGAGACAGCAGGAGUGCGUGGUAGUUAUCACCCGGGAGGUGCCCCACCAAAAUGCUGCUGAUUACAUUCGGGAGAGGGAGGCCUUCCACUGGGUACAGCCAGUGGCAUACGAGCGGUGGAUAUGCUUCCUGCUGCUGCAGCUAUGCAAUGGGCUGGAGCAUCUGAAGGAUCAUAGGGUCACCCACCGUGACCUCUUCCUGGUGCCCCAGGGCCACUCCCAAGCUGAUGAACAGAAACACCUCCCCUGCCUCCCCAUCAGCAACUUUACAAAGGCCAAGCAGCACUGCACUGAGGACCCUGUCCUCAAUGCAGACCACUCUCACAUAGCCCCUGAGGUCCUGUCAACCACCCAGUACUGUAAGUUUGAUGAAUUUCAGACAGGUAUCUUGAUCUAUGAACUCCUUCAUCAGCCUAACCCUUUUGAGGUCAGCUCGAAGCUGAAGGAGCCAGAGUACUGCUGUGAGGACCUCCCACCCAUCCCGCACCUGUCUCUCUACUCAAAGAGCCUCCAGAGACUGGCCUGUCUGCUCCUCCAGCCUGACCCCAUCAAGCGCAUCCACAUCCAGGAAGCAAAGCAUGCCUUGCAGACCCUGCUGUGGGGCCCACAGCAGGACAUAAUGGAGUGGCAAAGGGACAGACGUGGUGAGGGUCCCUGUGAAGAAGGCUUACUGAACUGGCUGGACGUGAAGCGCGCCCUGCUGACGAUGAAGUUUGCAGAACAUUCAAUGGAGCCAGAGCAGAGCGCUGAGCUGGAGGACUGGCUCUGCUGCCAGUACUUCUGCUCUGCCAACCCAGUGUCCCUGUGCCAUGCCGCAGAGCUGCUCUACCCCAAGUAA